CGAAAAUCAAGCCUAGCGCUCCCUCUAGUGGGAAAAAAGAACUUUUCUAAAAGCGUCCAAACUGGUUUUUUUUUGUUUUGUUUUUUUAAAUAAUUUUUUUACGAUGAUGACAGUCCCUCCACUUCAGGUUCAGAGGUCACAGAUGCUUAAUAGGUGCGCAAACUUUAUAACUUACGGAGUGUCGUACAUGCCUAGUCUUUGUAGAGUUGUUUCUUAAGAUAAUAUUGAUUAAUAAUGUAUUCCUGGCUCAUGAAGGAUUUUUAAAAAAAAAUUGGGGUGACACUGUACAGGAAAAAAAAUGCAGGGUAAGAAGUCAGAAUUAUGAGGGCAACCAUGAGUAAAGAAUUGAGUAUAUUUUUUUUAUCAGAAAAACUGAGUCAGUUGAGGAUAAUUUGUUACAUUAUUGUAACAGCUCAGCUUUUUCACCUCAAUAUUACAAUUUUAAUUUCUGCACCUGAUUGCUUUAACCCCUUGAUGACAAACUUUAAAGAAAAGUUAAGAAUCUUUUAUUUUUGCGUUUACAUGCUAAAACAAGUUGAAGGGGAAUUAAAAUACAUCAUUACUCGAUUUUUAUGCAAUUAAAAAAUACAUGCAAUUUAUGAUGCAGAUUAGUGAAAACGGGCAUCUACGGAUUAAAAAACAAAACACUGAGGCUGCUUUGAUCUGGAAGAUGACAAAUUCAGUACCAUCAUGGGGUUAAUAUUGCAAAUUUUUUCUUAUUGUAUAUAUAACCUUCUUACUCGUUCGACAUUCCCCCUCAAAUUCUGACUUUGUCAAUCUCACAAUUACACCAUUUUUUUUUUUUUUUUUUAAUACUUUAACUUUUCUGGUUAACGCACCAUCGGGAUAUUUUCAUUGUGAUUAUUCAUUUGCUGAAAUACCUUGAAAAGUAAAACAUGAACACUAUCUUAAUUCUGUUAUUUCUUAACUUCAUGUGCCAAUUUUGUUGUAUUGCAAAUUGUUUUCAAUGUGACCUGAUUUUUUAAUAUUACUUUUGUCUUUGCAGUAGUUAUUAAAUUCUUUUUACAGGUUAGAUGUCAGUCUAGUUUACCAAUGUGUUCAGGAGUUUUUAAUGUACACGCAGAAAAUAAAAUCUUCAAUUGCUCUGAGUUCAA